GGCGUCCUUGUGCAGUGGUUCACGCCGCAGAAGGUAUUUCUGGGGCUGAGCUUCCUCCCCGUGGUGGGCGCACUUCUGCCCGCAGCCCGCGGCUGGCUCGCAGAGCCGCGCCGGCCUUGCAAGCUGCAGCUGGGGGUUUUUCGGCAGCAUCCGCAAGUCACGGCCUUGGCCUUCUUCAUCUCCCUGCAGUCGCUGAUGCUGUCCAUGGUGCAGGUCUUGGUGAGCGAUGCCUGGGUGCGAGCUGCAAUCACAGCAGCAGCCGGGCUGGCCGUGACCAUAACCUCCUUUUGGGCGCUGAAUAGGAUCACGCCGUACCUGGGCAGAACUGCGCUCUUCAUUUGCCUGCGCUUUUUUCUUCAGCCUGGCCUGGGCGAAGCCAUGUUCGUGUGGAGUACCAAGAGCCCAGAUGGCCCCAGGCUGCAGGCCUGGCAGCUGGGCUUCGUGGACUGCUUCGGGGCCCUGGGGCUGCUGCUGGGGGUGGUGCUCUACAACCGCCACCUCACCGGAUUUUCCUAUCGCCGCAUCUUCCUGGUCAUCCAGCUGACCUUCUUUUUCAGCCAGCUGCUGGAGGUAGUGCUGGUGCUUCGCUGGAACAGGGCCCUGGGGAUUCCCGACAUCUUCUUCCUGGUCGGUGACGACACCUUCGCUUUGAUGGCUUCUCGCAUGUUCUCGGUGGUCUUCAGCGUCUUGGCCUCCAAGGUGUGCCCCGUGAACCUCGAGGCCACGCUCUUCGCGGUGCUCAUGGCCAUCGCCAACUUCGGCUGGGCGGUGAGCAACUUCUUGGGGGUGGCGCUCUGCGAGGCUUGGGGCCUGGUGGAUGGCAACUUCGAUCAGCUGCCCGAGGCAGUGCUGACCAAAGCGCUGACCCGGUUGCUGCCGAUUCCCCUCAUAUUGCUGACUCCCACCUUCACACCUCAGGAUCCUGUGCCCACGAACCUGAAGGCGGAGGUGGAGGAAUCCCAGGAGAUGAUGGAGGAAGAGAAGGCCUAGUGCCUAGUAGCUUCGGCGAAUCACUCGAGUGAAGAGCUAGGCGUACAUAGCUGCCGUUACAAAUCAAUGCGGGGGUUGAUCAAUAUUCCGGUCGGCCCCCGGUUUUGACCAUGGG